ACUAAUCUUGUAGAUAGACAAUGAAAAGUUUAAAUUUUCUUUGUUAUCUGCGGCAAGUUUACAGUUCAUCUUUGAUCUAAAAAUCGGCAUGUAAAAGUAUAAAUAUUCUACUUCUUCAGUAUAAGUAUAGUCAUUUAAUUUAUUUUGCAAACUGGUGUCAAAACAAAGCCAGUAGAAUUUUGAGGUUACCUAAAGCGAGCUUACGUUUUUACACUCGAAUAGGUAAACAAAAACAAAAUGUUAGAUGGAAAUCCACUAACAGUUGGGGAGGAUAACAGUACCGCCUCGUUUACGACGUCGCCAGGCUUUUGUCCAGAUUGUGGGUCAAUUCUGCCACUGCUCGACGACACCGGAGAUGGUGGUGUGACUUGUUACGCGUGUAAACGACGGUGGGGACCGAAAAUAUUUGGGGACAUGGCGUUUUCACACGUAGUUAAAUUUAAGGACGAAAAUACUUAUGCAUCAGCAACACAAACAGCAGAAGAUGAUGAUAAUGAUGCAGAUGGACCAAUUAUUGAUAGACGCUGUCCUAAAUGUAACAAUAAGCAAAUGUCUUACGCUACAUUACAGUUGAGAUCAGCAGAUGAAGGACAGACAGUUUUUUAUACAUGUACAAAAUGCAAAUAUAAAGAAAGUGAAAAUUCAUAA